GGAAACGGGGCCUUCUGAGCUUUGAAUCCGUCCGAGUCUCCGUCUAUCUAUCUUUUUCUCGAUCCUUUAUAAUUCAGCAACCACUCCCUGAGCUUUCCGGCUCAUUCGGGCACCCUAAUCUCUCUGACUCUGAACCUCACCCAAGUGACCGAAAGCCGUUGACCCGAACAUACCCACAUCUGCCUCUGUAUCUCUGUCUCUCUCUCUGAGCGUCCACACUCGCAACUCCAAAAGGGUUCUAAUUAACCCCUUGUCACUACUUAGUAACCAUUUGAAGCCCCCCCCCCCUCUUUCCCAAUGACUGGCCGCAGAGAUGUGCUCUUGAUGCGAAACACGCUCCCCAAAUCGAGAGUCGCAAUCGGCGUGGCCAUCGCAGUGGGAGUCCUGUUGGGGUGCGUCUUCGCCUUCCUGUUCCCUCACGGCCUCUUCCUCCCAACCCCUAUUCUCACUCACACCAUCUCCAAAUCUGAUAAUGCCCAGGUUGCUUCAGCCUCAUGUGAAUCAUCUGAACGGAUGAACAUGUUGAAAUCAGAGUUUGUGGCAGCAUCGGAGAAAAAUGCUGAGUUGAAAAAACAAAUUAGGGAGCUUACAGAAAGAGUUAAAUUGGCUGAACAAAGGAAAGAUCAGGCACAGAAGCAGGUUCUUGUGUUGGGUAAACAGCAUAAAGCUGGACGUUUUGGUACUGUCAAGGGUUUAAGAACCAACCCUACCAUCGCCCCUGAUGAAUCCGUGAAUCCAAGACUGGGAAAGAUAUUAGAGAAAGUUGCUGUUCAGAGAGAGCUCAUAGUUGCUCUUGCAAAUUCAAAUGUGAAGGACAUGUUGGAGGUUUGGUUUACUAAUAUUAAGCGUGUGGGUAUAACCAAUUAUCUAGUUGUUGCUCUGGACGAGGAGAUUGCCAGGUUUUGCGAGUCAAAAGUUGUUCCAGUGUAUAAAAGAGAUCCAGAUGUAGGUAUUGAUUCAGUUGCGAGGACUGGAGGGAACCAUGCUGUUUCAGGGUUGAAAUUUCGUGUUCUGAGGGAGUUUUUGCAACUGGGUUAUAGUGUUCUUCUGUCAGAUGUUGAUAUUGUAUAUUUGCAGAAUCCUUUUCAUUAUAUAUAUCGGGAUUCUGAUGUGGAGUCCAUGACUGAUGGUCACAAUAACAUGACUGCUUAUGGGUAUAAUGAUGUCUUUGAUGAACCUGCAAUGGGUUGGGCUCGAUAUGCCCAUACAAUGCGGAUAUGGGUGUAUAACUCCGGUUUCUUCUAUAUCAGACCAACAAUCCCUUCUAUCGAGCUUCUGGAUCGAGUAGCCAGUCGGCUUUCUAGGGAGCCAAACUCUUGGGACCAGGCAGUUUUCAAUGAGGAGCUCUUUAAACCAUCACAUCCAGGGUAUGACGGGCUUCAUGCUGCCAGGAGAACUAUGGAUUUCUAUCUUUUUAUGAACAGCAAAGUCCUCUUCAAGACUGUCAGGAAGGAUGCUAAAUUGAGCAAGUUCAAACCAGUAAUUGUUCAUGUGAAUUACCACCCUGAUAAGCUUCCACGGAUGAAAGCAAUAGUGGAAUUUUAUGUUAAAGGGAAGAAGGAUGCCCUGGAAGCCUUCCCCGAUGGUUCAGAUUGGUAAAAUUUGUAUGCUCUUAGAAAUACCUUAUAGCAUUUGGGUGCUUAGCACGUUAAAAUGGAAUGUAGUAUAAAUGUUACAAAGCACGACGCGUUUUACUUGUUUCUUCUUCUGCGGACAAUGUGAUUUAUGCCCUUUCUGCAUAGGAACUGUGAUGCCAUAAGCUUCACACCUGAUACAACACUAUGUUCGCUGAACUAAAUGAUGCUUGCCUUUUUUUUUUUUUUCCUCUGUGGUCUUCA